GAGGCCCUCGACUCGUGCGGCGGCUGUGCGUCGACUGGCGAGGGCGUCGACUGCACCAAGAUCCGCGGCGCCGCCGGCGUCGGCUGCGAGCAGGGCGCGUGCGUCGUCUUCAGCUGUGCCGCAGGGUGGCGCCCGGCCCUCUCGGGCAACAAGUGCGUG